UCUGAAAUGGCCGGCGGCAUUACGUGCGGAUCCUUGCUGCAGAAGCUGCAGCUUGUGUGGGAUGAAGUUGGCGAGAGUGACGAGGACCGUGACAAGGUCCUGUACCAGCUCGACCAGGAGUGCCUGGAUGUCUACAAGAGGAAAGUGGACCAGGCAACCAACUCGAGGGAUCUCCUUAUCCAGGCACUCGACGACUCCAAGAUCGAGCUGGCCAGGCUUCUCUCUGCUCUGGGGGAAAAAGCUAUAGCAAGAACUCCUGAGAAGACAUCAGGGACAAUCAAGCAACAGCUAGCUGCCAUCGCACCAACGCUUGAGCAGUUGAACAAGAAGAAAAAUGAGAGAGUAAGAGAAUUUGUUAGUGUACAGUCGCAAAUUGAUCAGAUAUGCGGUGAGAUUGCUGGCACCACAGAGGUCGGUGAGCAGGUGGCAACACCACAGGUCAACGAAGACGAUUUGACACUUGAGAGGCUUGAAGAUUUUCGGUCUCAACUCCAGGAACUUGAGAAAGAGAAGAGCAAUAGGUUGGAAAAAGUUCUCGAGUAUGUUAGCAUGGUUCAUGAUCUCUGUACCGUCUUGGGGAUGGAUUUUCUCAGCACAGUUACUGAAGUUCAUUCCAGUCUCGACGACUCCAUUGCUGAUAACUGCAAGAGCAUCAGUGACGAUACAUUGUCCAAACUUGACCAGACAGUAGCCACACUUCAUGAAGAUAAAAAGCUGAGGCUAAGCAAGCUUCAAGAGCUUGCUGGUCAACUGUAUGAUCUUUGGGACCUCAUGGAUGCUCCCAUGCAAGAAAGGAGCAUGUUUGAUCAUGUCACCUGUAACAGAUCAGCAUCUGUAGAUGAAGUAACUGCUCCUGGAGCUCUUGCACUUGAUUUAAUCGAACAGGUGAGUUUACAUUGGAAAUUAGCUGGCAGAAUUACUCCCUGGUAUCAAUUGUUUGUUCUGCUCUAUUUGACUUUUCUUCCAAUUCAGACUCAGACAGAAGUUCAAAGGCUAGACGAGCUAAAAUACAGCAAGAUGAAAGAAAUCGCUUUCAAGAAGCAAACUGAGCUGGAAGAUAUAUAUGCUGGUGCUCACACAGUAAUAGACACCGCCGCAGCCCAUUUGAAACUACUGUCGCUGAUUGAAGCAGGGAACAUAGAACCGACAGAACUGAUUGCUGACAUGGAAGGUCAGAUAACAAAAGCAAAGGAAGAAGCCUUGAGCAGAAAAGAUAUAUUAGAUAAAGUUGAAAAAUGGAUGUCUGCGUGUGAAGAAGAAAGCUGGCUUGAAGAUUAUAACAGGGAUGACAAUAGAUAUAACUCAAGCCGAGGUGCCCAUCUGAAUCUCAAGCGUGCAGAAAAAGCUCGUAUUCUUGUCAGCAAGAUUCCAGCACUUGUUGAAACUCUGGUGGCCAAGACUAGGGCAUGGGAAGAGAGUCGGGGUUUGUCCUUUAUGUAUGACGGUGUACCGCUUCUAGCUAUGUUGGAUGAGUAUGUUAUGCUAAGAGAGGAAAGAGAAGAAGACAAAAAAAGAAUGAAGGAACAAAAGCGCUAUGUCGAGCAGAAGCUGAGCACUGACCACGAAGGGCCAUUUGGAUCGCGAGUAAGCCCCAACAGACCGGCGACCGCAAAGAAGCUACCUGGCCCAAAAGCCAACGGCACCUCCAUAAAUGGCACUCCUCCAAGUAGAAGAUUAUCGAUCAAUGGUAGGUCUGGAGGGAAGGACAGCAAGAGGGACUCCUUGAGGGCCGCCCCGGCAUCUCCGGGGAAUGGAGCUACGGCUGCCAAGGAAGACACAACAUCCUCCCACAUCUCCGGCGCCGAUCUGGCUCCGAACACACCAUGAUCUUUGACUCUUAUGCUAGAUAAAACAGAAGACAUUUCUGUUUGAUGUUCUUUCCAUUUGUUUUGUGGUAAUAUAAUAUAAUGUAACUUGAUUGUAGCAAGGAGGAAGUAUAUGAUGCCCAUCAAUUCGUUCCGUAGUUGAGAUGUUCGGCUAGGGUUUGUUAGGUCCUGGUGUAAGUGGUGUUGCACUUUUGAUUAGUUUGACCAAUGCGUCAGCAGGUACUGUUUCUACUGAUGAUCAGACGUAGGUGGUCUUUGCUGGUCUGUGUUAUUAGUUGUUGAAAUGAACUUUUUGGUGUGC